GGGUACUCUUCUCGUAUUUGAGCAGCUCGGGAGCUAACGCACGAUAGAUUUUGCUUGUUUGCAUGAUAAGUACAUUCAAUUGAACCUUUUCUCUCAGUGUCCAAGACUGGUUUUCUUUAUUAGAAUAGGCAGUCUAGUUGUCUGUCUCAUCUCAUGUCACAACGCACUUAGCACCCUUGGAGCUCAAGCGGUGACCGCUGGUGGAGCAAACCUAUCCCGUACGACACGAAUAAUGAUGAAGCGAGUCAUUUGCAGGUAACGCUGACAUCAGUGUUUCGUUGUAAACAUACACAGGCGCAUACAACGAAAAGCUAUAUAAACGCGGUCGUUCUGGCUAGCAAAUGCAUCCCAACUUCCUCCCAACAUACAACACCAUGUUCACCAACUUCAAAUCUUUCGCUGUCAUCGUCGCUGCUGCUGCUGCACUUGCUGGUGUCCAGGCCCAGGAAUCGCACACAGUCACCUUCAACAACCAGUGUAAGAAGGGAACUCCUACCUUGGUUCAGGGCGGUAAGAUUCUGUCCACCGGUCAACCGUACAAAUCCAAUGGGCCCCUUGUUUCUGCCAUUGCCUAUCUUCAGACUGGGCCUUGUGGGCUUAACGGUGAAUCUUGCACUUUGAUUGAGACUACUCUUCAAAACCCGACCACUCCUGGUAGUGGAUCGAGCUCGGACAUCAGUUUGAUUGUUCCUCACACUUUCUCGGUCACCUCUGGCUUCCAGUACAACAACGGAUGCACCGGGAAGGCCGAUUGUAACAACGCGAACUGCCCUGAAGCAUUCCACCAGCCCAAUGACACGACUGUCCAGGUUGCUUGCCAAGCUCCCAACGCUGGCUUGGUCAUCAACUUCUGUGCUUGAUUCCAUUGCGCUCCGAUUUUUAUGACUUAAUCGAACAAUGUUUAAAUUCUAUACUUUACAAAGCUUCCAAGCCCGUGGUCCUAUAUAAGACAGUCCUCGGGGGAGCAUCUUGUUAUUGUCUUCGCUAUUACUAUGUCUAUAACAGAAAAUAAAUAUGUAUUGUUGUGCUAGUGU